GCAGAACACGUGACGUCAGUCAGAAUGGCUCCUCCUCUUCCUCUGCUGAUUCUGCUCGUGAUUCACAGAGCUUAUGGUCAGUAUGAUUGGGGUGUGAAUUACAGAUAUUUCCACAUCUGUGCACUGAAGGGGUCAACAGUGACAAUGAACUGCAAUUAUACAUACCCUACUGGACAUCAGAUCAUGAAAGCGUUCUGGAUCCAAACAAAUAUUAAAGAUAAAUAUGUAGAGCCUCUAGAUCUGUCUGAGGAUCCUGAAUACAGUCAGAGGCUUCAGUAUCUGGGAGACAAACAGCAGAGCUGCACCAUCAGACUGAGUCAUGUGACACAGAAAGAUUCACACAAGUACUGUUUCAGAUUCAUCACUGAUAAACCUGAUGGAAAAUGGACUGGUUAUCCAGGAGUGACUCUUACUGUCACAGAUCUUCAGGUGGAGGCUCCUGAGAGAGUGACAGAGGGUCAUAAUGUCAGUCUGACAUGUAAAAGCAGAUGCACUCUGACUGACAGAGCAACAUUCAUCUGGUACAGAAACUCACAGCCAUUAACUGAGAGAAGAGACGGAAACAAUCAACUCCUGCUGCAGUCAGUCAGAAGAGAGGAUGCAGGCAGAUACAGCUGUGCUCUACAUGGACACAGUUACAUCUCUCCUGAUGCUCGUCUCAGUGUCACAUUUCAACCAAAUAAAUAA